AUGGGAAACGACAAAUCGCCUCGGAAUGUAGCCGUGGCUAUCAUCUUCGACUCCCAGACCGCACGAGUCCUGAUGGUCACCAGCCGGAAGCACCCAAAUCUUUGGAUAUCCGGAUCGCCUAGGGAUAUCGCUGCUCCGACGGAUGACGAGCGCCUGAUGAUGAUCGCCAUGGAGCCUGGAGCUACUAAGCGCCCGAGUGUGUGGCAUAUUCACGUGAUACGGACGAGCGAAGUAGCGGUGGAUGGGACGCCGGACUGGCCGGAGCAAGACGAACGGCAAAGAAGCUGGUUCUCUCUUACCGAUGCUCUGGGCAAGAUCAGCCAGUGGGGUUCCGACCUACAAGCUGGAGACUCAGCAUCAAAUGAGGGCAAGGUAGCCAAGGGGCCUGCCAAGAAAGCACUGAAGGGAGGGGCGAUGGAGACAGCUUUCAGAGCAUUCAUGGAGAGCGAGGGUAUCUCACCAGCAGAGCAGCCUUGA